AUGACAAAACAAGCUCGCUCGAACCCAAGGCCAUACCCGACGGCAUCUUCGUACCGUAUGUACGAGUACAUUGUGACAGGGUUUGUUACAGAGCUCCGGGACGAGAUCGAGUAUUUCUACAACCAACUGUGGACAGUCUCCGAGAUUCCAGAUCCCAAGGAUAAGAAUCCAGAGCGGUAUGCCGUCGUGGCUGCUUUGCCAUAUCAUUUGGUGAGGGCAUUUAAUCGACUGGCAGAGCGAGGGCUGCCACGGGCGAGUCCGGCUAUUUCACGGGUUGAGGGAUGGAAGACGGACCAAGUAGGGAGAUUGUUUUAA